AUGGGGCUCCUGAUUGGUGCGAUUUAUAAGUUAUAUUUACAGUUAGUUUAUAUUUUGGUUUCUAUUAUUUUGUUUCAGUGUUACCCAGCCAAAGUACUGUUUGAAUCCUUUUCUGUUGAUUCUAAUGGGCUGAAUCCAGAGAAAUUUGAAAAAAUAUGCCCAGCACUUGUGGAGCAAAUUGAGAGUAAAGCAUGUUUGGUGGAAAAGGAAGUAGAGGAGGAAGAAGAUACAACACAAAGUAAAUCUCAAGCAUGGGGAUUCGGGUUCUUGUCAGUAACCAUCAUCAGCUGUGCAUCUCUACUCGGAGCCUUUGUUGUCCCAUUCAUGAACCAAUCAUUUUACAAGAUUCUCCUGCUGUUUAUGGUGUCCCUUGCUGUUGGUGUGCUAAGUGGGAGUGGAGUUUUCCACCUUAUUCCCCACAGCUUUGGUUUUGGUCUUGAUGGUGAUAUGUCAUAUUUAUGGAAAUGUCUGGUCAUCGUCAGUGGGAUUUAUUUGUUCUUUUUCCUGGAAUAUGCCAUGAAAAUGAUUGUCAGAUUCAAACAGAAGUCUUCGUGUGAUGAUAGCGAAAAACAGCUAGUACAUGAAAAUGCCAAGCCAAAAAGUGAAAUUCCUGGUGCCGGCAUAGCCGAUGUUCAGCUUCAACUUUACAAGGUCAACCAAGACAAUCACCACGCUCUCAGUAACAUGUGCAUGGGUCAUGAUUUACCAGAGAUCCAUUUUACUGGAAAUGGAGUGAAACAUAACAGCAGUUCAGAUGAUUCCAAGAAGGUUGUUGAGGAAAAUGGUACAUUAUCUCUGGAAAAGAACAAAGUGGCCCCUGUUGCAUGGAUGAUAAUAAUUGGUGAUGGCCUUCAUAAUUUUAUUGAUGGCUUAGCCAUCGGAGCAUCUUUUUCUGGGUCAACAUUUGUUGGUGUCAGUACAGCACUGGCAAUAUUCUGUGAAGAGCUUCCUCACGAACUAGGUGACUUUGCUGUUCUCCUUAAUGCUGGCAUGUCUUACAAAAUGGCAAUGGGAUUCAAUUUCCUCUCAGCCUGUUCUUGUUAUUUGGGACUUGUGAUUGGCCUGUUGCUUGGCUAUGCGACAUCAGCAGUCAAGUGGAUCUAUGCUCUGGCUGGAGGGAUGUUUAUCUACAUUGCUUUAGUUGACAUGCUGGAAGAAGCUUCUGAGAUGUCUGUAAAGAUUGGUCAAAACUCUGUUCGCAAGAAUCUCAAGACCUUUGCUCUGCAAAACUUUGGCAUGCUGUUUGGUCUUACAAUAAUGUUUAUUCUUGCUUUAUAUGGUGGAGACAUUUCUGUGGGAUAAUGUUUAAAAUUGUUGCAGUCAAUUGAUGUGAGUUUUUUUAAAAUUAUUAUUUCCUCAA